AGAUGUUUCGCCACAAAUGCUUGCAGAGAUGAAAGAAAACAAUAUUGUGCUAAAGCAGGUCCGAGAACUCUUGAAACAACAGGUUAAAGAAAUAACUUUUUUGAAAAAUGCAGUCAUGGAAUGUGAUGCUUGCGGCAUUCAUACAAGUGCUACUGGCCAGCGAAUUGUUAUGACAGCUUUUGCAAACAAAUGUUUCCCUAAUCCCUGUUUCUCCGGAGUUACCUGCACAGAAAUUGGAUCUGGGUUCCAGUGUGGCCCCUGCCCACCUGGAUUUUCAGGAAAUGGAACUCACUGCACUGAUAUUAAUGAGUGCACUGUGAAUCCUUGCUUCCCACGUGUCCGCUGUGUCAAUACUUCUCCUGGGUUCCGCUGUGAUCCAUGUCCUAUUGGUUACAUAGGGAAAAGAGUUGAAGGAAUUGGUUUGGAGUUUGCAAGAUCUAAUAAACAGAUGUGUCAGGAUAUAGAUGAAUGCGGAAGUGGAAACAAAGUGUGUCCUGCCAACAGUGUCUGCACCAACACCAAGGGUUCAUACAAAUGUACUUCCUGUAAGGCUGGGUCAGGAGGUGAUCGUAAUUCCGCCUGUAACACUGAAAGAAGGUGUCCAAAUGGAGAGAUUAGCAAAUGUCAUGAAAAUGCAGAUUGCAUCAUGGAGCGAGAUGGAUCUAUAGCCUGUGUGUGUAAAGUGGGAUGGGCAGGGAAUGGAAUAUAUUGUGCGAAGGAUACAGACAUUGAUGGAUUCCCAGAUGAAAAGCUGCGAUGUUCUGAUUUGAACUGUAAAAAAGACAACUGUGUAACAGUGCCUAACUCUGGCCAGGAGGAUGCUGAUAGAGAUGGAAUUGGUGAUGCCUGUGAUGAUGAUGCUGAUGGAGAUGGAAUACCAAAUAUGCAGGAUAAUUGUGUCUAUGUUCCUAAUGUGGAUCAGAAAAAUGGAGAUCAGGACAACUUUGGCGAUGCUUGUGAUAAUUGCCGUAACAUCAAGAAUAACGAUCAGAGGGACACUGACCAGGAUGGGAAAGGGGACGUCUGUGAUGAUGACAUGGAUGGAGACAAAAUUAAAAAUGCGGUGGACAAUUGCAAAAAAAUUCCCAACACUAAUCAGAAGGACACAGAUGGGGAUGGUGUAGGAGAUGUAUGUGACAGCUGUCCCACUAUUUGGAACCCAGACCAGUCAGAUGCAGAUGACGACUUAGUAGGAGAUCAGUGUGAUACCAAUAAAGAUCAAGAUGGUGAUGGCCACCAGGACACACGUGACAACUGUCCAUCAGAUAUUAAUAGUUCACAGCUGGACACUGACAAGGAUGGCCUAGGAGAUGAGUGUGAUGAUGAUGAUGAUAAUGAUGGCAUUCCUGAUACUGCACCACCCGGUCCAGAUAACUGCAGACUUGUGCCUAAUCCAGAUCAGGCUGAUUCAAAUGGCAAUGGUAUUGGGGAUGCAUGUGAAGGUGAUUUCGACAAGGAUUUGGUAAUUGAUAUAUCUGAUGCUUGCCCUGAAAAUGCUGAGAUCACGCUGACAGACUUCAGGGAUUUCCAGACCGUUGUUUUAGACCCAGAGGGAGAUGCACAAAUCGAUCCAAACUGGAUUGUCCUAAAUGAGGGAAUGGAGAUUGUCCAGACAAUGAACAGUGAUCCAGGCCUUGCUGUUGGUUACACAGCAUUUAAUGGAGUGGACUUUGAAGGGACAUUUCAUGUUAAUACAGAAACAGAUGAUGAUUAUGCUGGAUUUAUAUUUGGCUAUCAGGACAGCUCGAGCUUCUAUUCUGUGAUGUGGAAACAGAUGGAACAAACAUAUUGGCAGGCAAACCCCUUCCGAGCAGUGGCUGAACCUGGCAUCCAGCUAAAGGCUAUUAAAUCAACAACAGGUCCUGGUGAGCAGCUCAGGAAUUCCUUGUGGCACACUGGGGACACAGUUAACCAAGUCAAACUGUUAUGGAAGGAUCCCAGAAAUGUGGGAUGGAAGGAUAAGACAUCAUACCGCUGGUUCCUACAGCACAGACCCUCAGUGGGAUACAUUAGAGCCCGGUUUUUUGAGGGUCCUGAGCUGGUAGCCGAUUCCGGGGUUAUAAUUGACACAACUAUGAGGGGUGGACGUCUUGGAGUCUUCUGUUUCUCCCAAGAGAAUAUCAUCUGGUCUAACCUGAGAUACCGUUGUAAUGAAACUAUACCUGAUGACUAUGAAACAUUUAAAGAACAGAAGAUCAGAAUCUGAAACUGAAAACCACUUUUGUGCCUUUAUAUGAAUUUAAAUAAGGAUGCACAGUGCAAUUUAUUUCUAAUACAGCUCUCAUACUUUCACCUGAUUUAUAUAACCAAAUAAAAAGUACAUAUUCGUAUGAGGAAAAUAA